CCGGCGUGCCGACCCGACCCGGGGCUGCGGGGCUUGUGCUCGGGGGCUGCGGGGUGAAGCCGGGGGUUCUGAGGCUUCUGCUCGGGGCUGCCUGCAUGCCGGACGUUCAGGCUUGGCGGAGGGAGCACAGCGUGCAGUUGAAGCUUGUAAAGCGCGUCUCUUCGCGUUUCCUUAAGCACGGGAGUUUGUACCGCCAGACAUCUAUUCCCGUUCGGUCGUGGGAAAAUAACAAGUGAGAUUGCGAUGUAACAAUUAACGGAUAAAUAAGAAAACACUGCGUGCUGGGGCUGCCUCGGCAAGGGUAACAUUUAGCAAAUAAAAUAACUCCAUAAGUAAACAGAUUGGGAAGAAGCAGGAGGAAACAGCCGCGGCUUUGGGAUCAGCCGACAGGAAAUGCACGGCUGCCCGCCGUGCGGGAGCAGCUGGGGUGGGCUGCCCAGGGGCCCAGCUCCAGCAGUCGCUGUGCUUUGGAAGUGGCUUUUGCCUUCAGGUGCUCUGGGAACACGCGGGAUCUGUGCCCACAGCACAGGGGUUUGUGGAGCUGACUGUUCCAGCCCAUCGCUGCUGCUGGUCCUGAGGACGGGGCGCAGCCCUGUGCUGAGUGCCAUGGCACCAUCUUUGGCUUGGAGCUGGAUGGUGACCUUAAAGGUCCCCCUCUGACCAACACCAUCCCACGGUGCGAUGACCUCAGGAGGGGAUGCAGUGGGCAGUGCUACCAGGGCCUCAGCACAGUGCUGUGUGAGUGGAGCAUGGCCACGUUUCCCCUGGCACCCUGAGCACAAGUCACACUGUGCAGGGGAGGCUCAGUGGCAUACGUGCCAUGGGUGUGAGCAGGAGCUAUAUUUAACCACCGGUUCCUGUAUCAUCAGAGCUGAUGGGACAAAAAUACCUCCAGUCAGUGCAUGCUGCAGCUCUCCUGGAAGCUCCACUUCACCCCGUGCUCAGUACUCAUGGGGGAGGCUUUGCUCUGUGCCAUGCUGGGUGUUUCCAGUUCUGCCCUUGGGGUGCUGGUGGAGGUGCCAGGGGAGUGCUGUGAGUGGCUGUGUGACAAGGCCAUGUGUCACUGUAUGUGCCAUCCCACUGCUGCAGCAGAGAGGUGAAAACCUUAAGAGUGUGGUGAAAGGAGAUAUAAAGUGACAGUGCCUCUUUCUGUUGCCACAAGGUCAAGAUUCCUAUGUGCUCUAAUAAUAGUGGUAAGUCAACAAUCUGCUUUCAUGCUGCUCAGAAAAUCUGACUUCCUGAAGGUAAAUGGCACAAACUCUGGAUGCUUGUACCCUAUCCAUUUUCUCAAGGACAGGCAACAUAAACGUCACUGUAUUUUGCAAUAUUAAAAAUACUUCAGUGAGUUUUUUAUUCUAUAUUCUUAUGCUUUCUAAAGGUAAGGAGGCUGCUUCCCUUUUAGGAAGGAGUUGUAGGAUGUAGGAUAUCACAGGGCUUGUUUGUUAGUGGAGGUACUCAUGGCAAGAUGGGCUGCAGGAGCCCUGUGCUGCAGGCAGCUCCCAUACAACACAGGGAGGUGACACCGAUGGGAUGCCUCAGGCUGGAGGGCAAGAACACAGCAGUGAUGGGUGAUGCCUGGAGGUACUGCAAGGACUUGGGAUGUGCUGCCUUCAUCAGGGCUGUACCAGGUGCUGCAGUGCUAGGAGCUGCUCACAGCUCAUUCUGUACCUUUGCCAUAUAAGGAUGGAGGAUUCCCCCAUACAUUACAAAAAUAUCAGAUUUUUCAGUAAAAGAAAAUAAACCCGCAGUAAUAAAUAGUAUCUCCUUAUCGUAAUUUGCAAAGCCAAGGUUCAGCCUUGCUUCUCUGCAGGGUUGGCAGCCAGGAAUGGCACAUUGCCUCCAUGAGUCAACGGGUAAUUAAAUGUUUAUGGAAUGUUGUGCUAAUGAGAGCUUUAAAACACAGAGUUCCUGUGCUUCCUCGUGAAGAAGUUAUAUCCGGGAUUUGAACAGUUAAACUAUUUGUGGAAAAAGCAAAUCGUGGUCGUGCUAAUUCCGCAAUUAAUCGUUACAAACCUCACAGCUGGGAAGUGUGAAUUCCUGCUCUCGGCCCUCACAAGGCGCUUAACGCCGGCUCAAGGUGUUUUUCACAGCACUGAGCCCCCAUCCCCAGCUCAGCCCCAGCCCAGCGGCGGCCGCACGGGGGCGGUGGCGCGGGGCGGAGCGGGACGGGGCGGUGCUGCCCGGCCCCAGGGCGGCCCCGGAGCGCUCGGCAGCAGGAAGGGCGCAGCCCAGGGCCGGGCCGCUAUGCUCGAUCAGUCGUAUUGUCACCGGCUGCAACACGACAUGUAUUUUCUUACAAGCAAUAGCCGACUGAAUGAGCAAGUGGUUGAUAAAAUUAUUCUUCAGCUUAACAGAGUCUACCCCCAAAUUCUUACCAAUACAGAAGCGGAAAAGUUCAGGAAUCCAAAGGCAUCACUCCAUACCAGGCUCUCAGAUCUGAUAAAGCACCUUCAAAAGAGAGGAGAGAGACACUGUCAAGAAUUUUACAGGGCCCUACAGAUCAAUGCUGAACAGCUGUAUAAUGACCUGCCAAGCAGGAAAAUCUUGAAAACCACAGAUUCUGCAGAGAUAGACACUGACAAGGAGAAAUGUAUGCUAAAUGACAGGGGCCCGGUGUUCUUCCUCGCCUGUUUCAGUGCGGCAGCAGGAUUUGCCUUGUUUUGGUAUUGCUGUAACUCAGAUGCAAAAGUCAUAGGAAGAUCCAGGAGAAUCUUGGGUUUUUCUCCUAUUAUCAUAGGAAGACAUGUUAGAAAUAUUUGUAUGUUGUAUUUGGAAGACAUCUCAAGAAAUUAAGGAAAAGCUGCCUCUUCGCUUAGACAUCUGUACAGUGUAUCUGCCAAGGGAAAGCAACGGUGCAUGAAUAUUAAUGUACUAUACUCUCAUACCAAAGAUUUUAUUAACUAGCUUCAUCAAUAAUUGUGUUGCCUCAAGAUGUAUUCAGAUUUUCAGCUAUAUAUGUCCUUCCUUGUGGGAAUGGACCAUUUAUUUUUGUAAAUGCUUAUUUUAAAAUAUUUAUCAUUUGGAUAAAAGUAUUUUUAAUACAAACUCUGAAACGAUAUCCUAUCUGAUCACAGGUUUGCAUAUGUGUAUUUUAUACUGAAAUGAAGGAACAGAACUGUUUAAGGAAUGCUAGCCUGUCUUUUAUGGUAAUUAAUUUAAGAAAAGCACUUAAAAAAAAAAAGAAAAAGAAAAA